AAAAGGAUAUUUACAAAAACAUUUGAUGUGUUCAUCAUGUUCAACCCUGUAGAUGAUGGGUAUAUGCAAACAUUAAAAAAGAAUCUACAGCAUGAAAAAGAAGACAUUAAGUUGUAUGCUAACACAAGUCAUUUCAACGAGGAAAAAGUUUGGCAGGAUGGUAUAUUUAAGACGAUGGUGGCAUGUAAACGAAUUGUAGCAAUUUUAUCACCAGCAUUUCUAGAGAGUACAGAGUGUUUAGAACAGUACAAUAUGGCAAUGUGUUGUAACAGACUUCUAGGAGCAGAUGUUCUAGCUCCUCUCUAUGUGGACACAAUCAAAUCUCUACCCUCAUACAUGGGGCUUGUACAAUGGAUAGACUGCAGAGUGAGGAAGGAUGGUGAUACAACAGUUGGUAAGAUACAGUCUGCCUGUAAGAACAUUAUAAUGUCCAUAGAACAACAUGAUUCUGGAGACAUCAAACAGUCAGCUUUAGAAACAAACAACAAGCAACAGAAUGACAAGUUUGAAUUUGAUGUAUUCAUAUCCUACUCACACAAGAACCCUCACCAUGCAGAGACAUUGCUUGAGUCCUUCAAUUCUAUUGAUGCUGAUUGUAAAGUGUUUUAUGAUCGCAGUGCUUUAACAACAGGUACCAAUUGGCAGAACAUGUUAUAUCAAAGUGUUGGUGAAUGUAGAUGUUUUGUUGCUUUAAUAUCACCAACUUACCUCACAUCAACUGUAUGCAUGGAGGAAUAUAAUCUAGCUGUAGCUAGAUACAUGUGCAAGGAUAAGGAUUUAAUGUUGAUACCAGUGUGUAUUGAGGGACUCAGUGAGGUACCAUCAUAUAUGUCUACAGUACAGAUGAAUGAUGCCUCCGAGGAUUAUUCCAACUUUGCUACACAGCUUGCUACAUCUGUUAUUGAAUGGCUCAAACUGACAGCUGAUAAACGACCCUCAAUGUAUCGAGUACAGGAAGCUAUAGAUAUAGAGAGAAUACUGUCUGCACGACGGUGUGAGGAUGUAAAGAUGCAGUACAAACUGAUUGGAUCUGGCGAUGAUAAACUCCUGGAAAGGAUUACACCAGUUGUUGUUCCUAAGGAAGAUAUUGAUGAAAUAGACACAACAAAGAUUGAUAUAGCAGUCAGUUAUGCCAACGAUGCUACCAACCUAGCCGGAGCAUUCUGCGUAAUGCUUGACAAGAAAUAUCCAAAUUUAAACAUGAGUGUAUACUCACAUGGUGAUCAACAAAGAUAUAACUCCCUAGACACAGCAAAGAAAAUUGUUUUAUUUAUUUCAAAUGAUUUUCUCAGGAAUGAGCAUCACAUGCAAGAACUUCAUCUUGCCCUCAGCAGACAAAGACCGUUAGUAACAAAUGUACUGUACUUGGUACAAGCAACUGGAAUUACUGGCAGACCUUUCUUCCCAAGGAUAUUACCAUAUAAUAUUUCAGUUACAGACAUUGUCUGGUCUGAUUUGGAGAAACAAUGUUUCAAGGAAGUAAAAAUCUGA